GUUACUAAGCAGAAGGAUCCUGAUACUGGGCAACAAUCAAUGCUUUUUCAGAUUGAUUAUCCUGAGAUUGCUGAAACUACUGGGGUCACGCCAAGGCAUCGUUUUAUGUCUGCCUAUGAGCAGAGGAUAGAGCCUCCUGAUAGAAAAUGGCAAUAUCUUCUUUUUGCUGCCGAGCCAUAUGAAACGAUUGCAUUCAAAGUACCUAGUCGAGAAGUCGAUAAGGAUCCUAAAAAGAUGUGGACACACUGGAAUAAAGAAACUAAACAAUUUUUUCUGCAGUUCGCUUUCAAGUUAGAUAACCAAUCUUCAUCCGCUCAGAUGCUUCGAGAUUUGGAGAUACAAAAAGCACGUGCACAGCAAGCUCAGCUGCAAUUGCAACUUCCUCCACCACCUCCACCUCCUCCUCCUCCUCCACCUCCACCUCUUAAUGUUGUUAUAACAACCCCUACUUCUAACACCAAUCCUGGUCUGCUUACCUUACCGUCUGUAGUGCCCUCUACACUUACUCUGGCCUCUCUUUCAUUAUCCUCUACUUUAGGUGUCCCUCCACCACCUGCCCCUCCCCCUCCACCUGUUGGUGUCCCUCCUCCUGUUGGAACUCUUCACUCUGGCAUGCCUCCGCCUCCUCCACCUCCGCCUCCUCCUCCUCCUCCUCCACCACCACCAACUGCUUUAGCUCAUUUGACCGGUAUAUAA